UGGGAGUAGCCGGAGCUGGGGAAGGCGCGCGGGCCGGCCCGGGGGGCCCCUCGGCUCCUGGCCGGGAGCCAGGGGCGGGAGCUGGGCGAGGGGAGGGCCCUCGGGAGGGUCAGCCCAGGAGAGCUCGGGGGGAGGCCGGUGGCGGGGAGCGCAGUUUCAUUUCCACGGACCCUCCCGCCUGGGCCGCAGCCGCCGCCGCGAUGCCCAGCAAGUUCAGCUGCCGGCAGCUCCGGAAGACGGGCCAGAGGUUCGAGAGUUUCCUGCUGGAGCGCGAGCUGGACGCCGAGACGGAUCGUGAGCGGCUGCGGAGCGUGUACAACCGCGACUUCAAGCGCAGCUGUGAGACCCGCUCUCCCGGCUUCUCCUCUAUGCUGUACGGGAUGAAGAUCGCAAACCUGGCCUAUGUCACCAAGACGCAAGUGCGGUUCUUCAGGCUGGAGCGCUGUGCCCAGGAUUCCACCGAGCUUGCCCAGGAGCCACAGAGACAGGGUGCAGAGCUCAGCCAGCAGAAAAAUUCGCUGUUAGCCAAGAUCUUUCAUGACAGGGCGCAGUACCUUCAUGGCAAACAUGGGGUGGAUAUAGAAGUCCAGGGGCCCCACGAAGCCGUUGACGGGCAGCUCCUUAUCCGGCUGCACGUGGACUGCGAGGAGGUGCUGACUCUGCGGCUGCGCAACGGAGGGAGCCAGCCUGUCACCCUGACCCACCUCUUCCCACUCUGCUGGACCCCACAAUUCACCUUCUUCUAUGCUGAUGAGGAACUUCCCUGCCCACUGGGCCCUGGUGAAUCCUUUGAGCUCCGUGUCCACUGCCAGACCAGCUUUGUGGGCUACUUCCCGGCCACCGUGCUCUGGGAGCUGCUGGGGCCUGGGGCAUCGGGCUCGGAAGGGGCUGGCACUUUCUACAUCGCCCGCUUCUUGGCUGGCGUUGCCCACAGUCCCCUGGCUGCCCAGCUGAAGCCUACCAGUCCCUUCACUCGGAGCCAGGUCACUAGAAACCCUGUCACAACCAGGCGAAUCGAAGAGGGAGAGAAACCCGACUGUGGUACAGGCUACGACCUGGAGUUCAGCCUGCCGCUGGGGCACUACCCGCCCCCGCCUCACCUCCGGCAGCUGCUCCCGAACCUCCAGGGAAAGAGCAUCUUCACUGCCCCUAAGGAGAUCGCCGAGAUCAAGGCCCGGCUGGAGACAGGCCUGAAAUGGCGGAACUACACGGGGAAGCUGCGCCUGCUGCUGCACCUGGAGGAGCUCCAGAUGGAGCAUGACAUCCGCCACUACGACCUGGAGUCUGUGCCCAUGACCUGGGACCCCUCGGACCAGAGGCCUGCACUGCUUACGCUGGAGGUCCCAGGGGUGGCCGAGAGCCGCCCCUCAGUGCUCCGGGGCGACCACCUGUUUGCUGUUCUGUCCACCGAGUCACACCUGGAAGAGCCUGUCACUUACAAGGGCUUCGUGCACAGGGUGGAGUUGGACCGUGUCAAGCUGAGCUUCUCCAGGAGCCUCCUGAACCGUUUCGUGUUUGGACUGGCCUUCGAUGUGAGCUUCACCUUCAACCGCCAGCCGCUGCGAGUGCAGCACCGGGCUCUGGAGCUGACGGGCCAUGGCCCACUGGAGCCCGUGCUCUUCCCCACGGCUGCCCGUGGGGUCCCACUGCUGCCCUCCAAUGUGACCCUCAACCUGUACGACCGAACUCUGGAGUCGAACCCCGAGCAGCUGCAAGCCUUGAAGCACAUUGUUCUGGGCACUACCCGGCCAGCCCCCUACAUCAUCUUUGGGCCCCCGGGCACCGGCAAGACAGUCACUUUAGUGGAAGCCAUCAAGCAGGUGGUGAAGCAUUUGCCCAAGGCCCACAUCCUGGCCUGCGCCCCCUCCAACUCAGGGGCUGACCUCCUCUGCCAGCGGCUCCAAGCCCACCUGCCCAGGGCCAUCUACCGCCUCCUGGCCCCCAGCAGGGACAUCCGCUUGGUGCCUGAAGACAUCAAGCCCUGCUGUAACUGGGAUGCAAAGAAGGGGGAGUUUGUAUUUCCAGCCAAGAAGCAGCUUCAGGAGUACCGCGUAUUAAUUACCACCCUCAUCACGGCCAGCAGAUUGGUCUCGGCCCAGUUUCCCAUCAGCCACUUCACCCACAUCUUCAUCGAUGAGGCUGGCCACUCUAUGGAGCCCGAGUGCCUGGUGGCCAUCGCGGGGCUGCUGGAAGUCAAGGAGUCGGGUGACCCUGGAGGGCAGCUGGUGCUGGCAGGAGACCCCCGGCAGCUGGGGCCCGUGUUGCGCUCCCCGCUCACCCAGCGGCACGGGCUGGGCUACUCGCUGUUGGAGCGCCUGCUCACCUACAACGCCCUGUACAAGAAGGGCCCGGACGGCUAUAACUCCCAGUUCAUCACUAAGCUGCUACGCAACUACAGGUCUCACCCCACCAUCCUGGACACCCCCAACCAGCUCUACUAUGACCAGGAGCUGCAGGCCUGUGCAGACAAAAUGGACCGAGAGCGUUUCUGCAGCUGGGAGGGGCUGCCCCAGAAGGGCUUCCCCAUCAUCUUCCACGGCGUCAUGGGCAAGGACGAGCGUGAGGGCAACAGUCCGUCCUUCUUCAACCCUGAAGAGGCGUCCACGGUGAUUUCCUACGUGAAGCAGCUCCUGGCCCCUUCCUCCAAGAAGGGCAAGGCUCGCCUGAGCCCGCGAAAUGUGGGCAUCAUUUCCCCUUACCGGAAGCAGGUGGAGAAAAUCCGGUACUGCAUCACUAAGCUGGACAAGGAGCUGCGAGGCAUGGAUGACAUCAAGGAGCUGAAGGUGGGCUCCGUGGAAGAGUUCCAGGGCCAGGAGCGCAGCGUCAUCCUCAUCUCCACCGUGCGCAGCAGCCAGAACUUUGUGCAACUGGACCUGGACUUUAACCUGGGUUUCCUAAAGAACCCCAAGAGGUUCAAUGUGGCUGUGACCCGGGCUAAGGCUCUGCUCAUCGUGGUGGGCAACCCGCUCCUCCUGGGCCACGACCACGACUGGAAAGUAUUCCUGGAGUUCUGUAAAGAAAAUGGGGGGUAUACUGGGUGCCCCUUCCCUGCCAAGCUGGACCUGCAGCAGGGACAGAACUUACUUGAAGACCUGAGCAAGCUCAGCGCCUCUACCUCAGGUACAGUGGGGUGUGGAGGAGUGGCCGAGGCCAGCCGAGCGUCGUGGAACUCACCCUCUUUCUCUCCAGGGCCCCGAGAGCGGGAGGGGGAAGAUGGCCUGUCUGCGCAGGUGGAGCCCGAGUGGAGAAAUGAGCUCUGAGGAC